GCAGAGGCGGCGCGGAAGCGGCUCCCUCACCCCGUCCCGGAGCCGGUGGCAGCGGCCGCGGUCUGCAUUGCCCGGCCCCGCCCCGUGCCGCGCCGCCAUGUCCGCGCGGACCCCGCUGCCCACCGUUAACGAGCGCGACGCUGAGAACCAUAUCUCUGUGGAUGGGUACACUGAACCACACGUGCAGCCUAUCAAAUCAAGUAGCAGACAAAACAUCCCCCGGUGUAGAAACUCAAUUACAUCUGCAAAUGAAGAACAUCCUCACAUUGGAAAUUAUCGUUUAUUAAAAACAAUAGGGAAAGGAAAUUUUGCCAAAGUGAAGCUGGCAAGACAUGUUCUUACGGGAAGAGAGGUCGCUGUGAAAAUAAUAGAUAAGACCCAGCUAAAUCCUACCAGUCUACAAAAGUUAUUCCGAGAAGUACGAAUAAUGAAGAUAUUGAAUCACCCCAAUAUAGUAAAAUUAUUUGAAGUUAUUGAAACAGAAAAGACCCUGUAUUUGGUAAUGGAAUAUGCCAGUGGCGGAGAGGUGUUUGACUACUUAGUUGCACAUGGAAGAAUGAAAGAAAAAGAGGCCCGUGCAAAAUUUAGGCAGAUUGUAUCUGCUGUGCAAUACUGUCAUCAAAAAUGUAUCGUUCAUCGUGAUCUCAAGGCAGAAAACCUUCUACUUGAUUCAGACAUGAACAUUAAAAUUGCAGACUUUGGUUUUAGUAAUGAAUUUACAGUUGGUAAUAAGCUGGACACAUUUUGUGGAAGUCCUCCCUAUGCCGCUCCUGAACUUUUUCAGGGAAAGAAAUAUGAUGGCCCAGAGGUGGAUGUGUGGAGCCUUGGAGUCAUUCUUUACACGCUAGUCAGUGGAUCAUUGCCAUUUGAUGGUCAGAAUUUAAAGGAACUGAGGGAGCGAGUAUUAAGAGGGAAAUACCGUAUUCCAUUCUAUAUGUCCACAGACUGUGAAAAUCUACUUAAAAAACUACUAGUCUUGAAUCCAAUAAAACGAGGCAGCUUGGAACAAAUUAUGAAGGAUCGGUGGAUGAAUGUGGGCCAUGAGGAGGAAGAAUUAAAGCCAUAUACUGAGCCUGAACCAGAUUUUAAUGACACCAAAAGAAUAGACAUAAUGGUCACCAUGGGCUUUUCGAGAGAGGAGAUCCAUGAAUCUUUAGUAAACCAAAAGUACGAUGAAGUCAUGGCUACCUACCUGCUUCUAGGUAGAAAACCAGCAGAAUUUGAAGGAAGUGAGUCCUUGUCCAGUAGUAACCUGAGUCAACGGUCUCGACCUAGCAGCGACCUCAGCAACAGCUCUGUGCAGUCUCCCGCUCACCUGAAAGUCCAACGGAGUAUAUCAAGUAAUCAGAAACAACGGCGAUUCAGUGAUCAUGUUGGUCCUUCAAUUCCUCCUGCUGUAUCAUACACUAAAAGGGCUCAGGCAAACAGUGUGGAGAGCGAACAGAAAGAGGACUGGGAUAAGGAUGCAUCUCGUAAACUAAGCAGCACUACGGUUGGAUCCAAAGGAGAAAUGGCUGCAAGUCCACUUGUAGGUCCAGAAAGAAAGAAAUCAACUACUGUUCCAAGUAACAAUGUUUUUCCAGUUGGCGGGAUGACAAGAAGAAACACCUACGUUUGUGAACGAUCUACAGAUCGUUAUUCAGCAAUACAGAAUGGGAAAGACAACAGCCUAACAGAAAUGUCUGCAAGUAGCACAUCUUCUGCAGGCUCCGCGGUUGCUUCCUCUGUAUCAACACGACCUCGACACCAGAAGUCCAUGUCUGCAUCUGGUCAUCCUAUAAAGGUCACACUGCCAACCAUCAAAGAUGGCACUGAAGCUUAUCGACCAAGCAGUGCAACUCAAAGAGUGCCUGCUGCUUCCCCUUCUGCUCACAGUAUUAGCACUACCACUCCAGACCGAACCCGCUUUCCUCGGGGGAGUUCUAGUCGAAGCACUUUCCAUGGUGAGCAGUUACGGGAGCGGCGUAAUGCCACUUAUAAUGGACCACCUGCUUCACCAUCACAUGAAACUGGUGCAUUUGCACAUGCUAGAAGAGGGACAUCAACUGGCAUAAUAAGCAAGAUAACCUCCAAAUUUGUCCGCAGGGAUCCAAGUGAAGGCGAAGCCAGUGGCAGAACUGACACCUCAAGGAGUGCUUCUGGGGAACCAAAAGACAGAGAAAAGGAGGAUAGUAAAGAUUCCAAGCCCCGUUCUUUGAGGUUCACAUGGAGUAUGAAGACCACUAGUUCCAUGGACCCGAAUGAUAUGAUGAGAGAGAUUCGAAAAGUGUUAGACGCUAACAAUUGUGACUAUGAACAAAAAGAGAGGUUUUUGCUCUUCUGCGUUCAUGGUGAUGCCCGGCAGGAUAGCCUUGUUCAGUGGGAAAUGGAAGUGUGCAAAUUGCCACGACUGUCUCUCAAUGGAGUUCGUUUCAAGAGAAUAUCUGGGACUUCUAUUGCAUUUAAGAACAUUGCCUCCAAAAUUGCAAAUGAGCUUAAGCUGUAAAGAGAAACUAAAUUUAUGGGAUCAGGGAAGAUUCAUACAUGAUCUACACUUACAUUUUGAAUGUACUGGUUAUGCCUAAUGUGAUUGGCCUGUGAAACUCCCCAUGUAGAAAUUGUCCCUAUUGCAAUAAGGUUAUACAUAGUUAUUCUGAAUUGUAAAAUUAAAUUCAGUAUGACCUCUAUUAAAUAACUGUAGCUAAAGAAGUUAUGUUCACAUGUACAGGUAAGUAUAUAGAGCAUUCUGUUCAUUUUAUGUUCAUAGAGUUGUAUAAUAAAAAGAUGAUUGCUUAAAUACAGAUCUUGUAUAGUUGUCUAGAUUUCUGCACAGAAAUGUAUGUUUGAUGCUUUGAGUUGAAACGGUUCUUCCCUAUCAUUUACAUUUUUGGUGGUUUUUAUAAUUCUUACCUCUAUCAUGCUUUUUUAAAAUUGUGUCCAGAGUCAAAAUGCACAAAAAUAGUUUUCACAAUUGUAGCACGACCAUUUUUUAGUUAUUGAAAAAAAUCAUAUACAAAUUUGAAUCUGAAGUCGAUAGAUAAAUCGGCUUUUGUUCUACACAAGACUGUUCCUGCUUAUCUUUGGCUCUUAUUCUUGACAUUGGACAGUGUUUAGAUGGAAAAUACAAAUAUGUUUACAGUGUUGGCACUUACAGUUUAAAAACUUUCUUUUGCCUUGGACCAGCUGAAAGUGCUGGUGAACAGAAAUCAGACAUAAGUAAUGUUUUGUUGCAAAUUAUAAAACUUAUUCUCAUGGCCCAUUGACAAAUGUACUACCAAAAUGGAGAUCAGUAAAUUAUUUCUUUUCAGUAUCAUGAUGUAAAAUAUCACUUGUUUGCUGCCUUCAGAAUAUUGCAAAUUCCAGUUUGUGGAAAUAUUAAUAUUUGGACUUUUUCAGAGCACAAGAUAAUCUGACAUAUUGACCAAUGGUAGAAGAUAUUAAUGCCACCUCAGGAAUUAACUGGCUUUUGGAAUAUUUGCCCCCAAAGAGUACAUGCAAUUCCAUAUGAUACUUUACAGCUAAACAUACAUUGUUUAUAACAGUAGAUUCUUGAUUUAUGCUUAUGUGGUUGUACAAUUUGUUCCCAUGUAACCUGUUUGUUUAAUAUUUUACCAGAUUUCUUGUAUUUAUUCCACAUCAUUAUGCCUGUAAUGUGCAGCUUUGAAAUUAGGCAUUUGCCUAUGGAAGAAGAAGAAAAUGUCCUUCAUAAUUAGUGAUAUAAACUAUGUAAAACCACUAGUACUGGUACAUUUUAAUACUUGUUAUUUUGUACUGAAUUUAACCAUAGAGGUUGGUUGUGCAAUGUUAUUUAAUGUUGUAAUUACUGUAAUAUCAGCAUAUGGGCCCCAUCUGCACACUCUUGUGAAGAAUAGGAAGUUCAUUCAAAAGCUGUCACUUUAAAAAAAUAAAAAUAAAAAAAAUCUGUGGUAAACUCUGUAACCCUAAGGUAGAAGGCUGUAAGUGUAGCUAAUAUGCCAUUCAGUAUGGCUUCUUGAAAGAGAUGGACUUUACAUGCUGUACUGUACUGUGAUGUAGUUUCUUCUGUAACAGUUAUGUUCUGAAAUGGACGUGUAUUGUUGCCUUAGAAAAAGGGUGGUGUUUGGAAAGAGAGAACUGUAGCCCCUUUUUAGCCAGUGUUCAUUUUAAACAAAUUUUGAUGCAAGUCAUCUUGAUUUCACUUUCACUGGUGCACUCUAUUAAAACUUACUUGAAUAGUUCUCAUACUAAAGCACUUGUUGUUUGCCCUUUAUAAGAUGAAAAAACUGUUACAAGUAGAUCCUUUUAACAACAUGGGAGUUGAGAAGUCUUUCUUGCAGGUGUGUUCUUUAUCUGUUCCUUGAGCUGAGGAGACGUCUUCGCAUUCUAUAUUAUGCAACAUCAGCAUCUACCUCACUUCUCUUGUCCUGCUCACAGUGCUGAGCACCUUAUAGGCCAGUAGUCUCCAACUUUUGCUGGCCCAUGGGCAGCAAAGUGCUGAGGAAAUAGUGUUCCACAGGCCAUGCAGACUGUUCUCUGUAUCAACCUGAACAAAUGUGUAUGGAAAACAGUUUUCUAAGGCUCAAGUGGCCUGCUGGAGACAAAGCUACAGGUUGGAGAUCAUUUUUCCAGAUCGGGCUGGCCAAACUUGCUAACUGUUCUAGCCACUAAACAAAACUUGGCAUGGCCAAGUGCCACAGGGCACAACUUCAGAAACUACAUGUGUUACCUGCAUGUGAGCUGUAGCUUAACCAACCCUAUUCCAGAAGAGUUUGUGGAUGCUUAUUCUUUAGAAUUGGGACCCUGCUCCAAAUCCUGGUCUUGAGAUGUGAUCUCUUUGGCGGUGUCUACACAGCAGGGUGCAGUGCUGUGUGUAAAAGUAACAGACCUAGCUUUGGUAUCAGAAUCAAUACAGCUGCACUAGCACAGCAGUCAACCCAGACUACUUUACCCUACUGAGAAGUGUAAAGCAGGGUAAAUUACCCCAGGGCAGAACAUCACAUCAAUGCAGGGUUUUGUUUCCAUUACCUGGGUUAGGUCAUUUGUUAUUCCUGUGUGGUACUGUGCUGUGUAGACCUAGUCUUGGAUUACUAAGAAGCAUCUGCAUAUAGAAUCACCACAACUCAGCAUGGAAAAGAAUUUGGAUCCUUGUGCAGUUGAUCCCAGAAUCUAAAUGUGACUGGAGGAAGGCUUACCUUUCUUCUUGUUGUAUAAGGAAAGGUGGCUCUGUGUGUUUGGCUAAUUCUGCCUUUUGUGUGAAAAUGCACAUCUAAAAUAAACUGUAGUACAAACACUUGCCUUUUAGAAAAAUUCUGUGUAAAACCCUGGGAACCUGUCAUGCUGACAGUGUGCAUUAAAUCCUUCUGAUAGUU